ACGGUACACUUUAUUUCGUACCGCAGUAGAAGGGCUCGGCCCUCGGCCCUCGGGCUGGCUGAGGCCGAGGCUCGCUUCAUCUUCGGAACGUUCACAGACGUGGCUUACGCAUUUGGUUCUUGUGAGAGGAACGAGGUAGCUUCUCUAACCGACUCGCGAAUCUUUGGCCCCCCCAGUACUACUGUAUUAGCGUCAUUCCUAUGACCGUAAACAUGACCGCGCUGCUGCUGCUGCUGUACCCUGCGUCGGAUUCCAUCCGUCUCCUGCCCACCCCUCAUCAUUAUUCUAUUCGCCCCCUUGCCGAUGGAUUUCUCCUCCUCCCCCGACUCCUGCUCCUCUCUCUCCCACAGAUUCUCUCUGAGUCUGAGUCUGAGUUGGUCACCGGUAGCUGGAUGUGGAGGGUGCGGGGAAGCUGUGGAACUCCGUCCAGUGCAGCUCUCAAGUGAGCGAGCGAGCGAGACAGAGGCAGAGACAUAGAGAGAGAGACAGAGAGAGCGAGAGAGAGGGAGGGGAUUCGGAUUCCGCCGUGAGCUCGGGCUGCGGGUU